AGUACCCCUACCUUGUAUGUAUAGAUGUACCUUUACAGAUAUUGUUUUCUCUUCUUCUUCUUCUCUCUUUGCUUUGUUUCUCUCGAAUUUCGAAGCCGCACCUUUUCCUUUUUUCUCUUUUCUUCUCCGGUGCUGCUCUCGUCUCCAUAACCACGAGGGGCAUCUGGGGAGCACAUACUUUUGUACCUCGCCUUUCUUUCCUUUCUCUUGACCAAAGAGACAGCAUAGCCGCGACAACACACACACACACAAGCAGUGAUGGAAUCGUCCACAUCGCCUGUGAACCUCGCCAGCCCCGUCACGCCGUCCUCCGCACCAGACGUCAUCGCAGAAGGCGUCGGCGUCGUGGUGCGAGUCCGGCCGCUCUCCACCAAGGAGAGGGCCGACCCCUCCGUGCACAACUGUAUCCAGGCGCUUUCCGACAUCGUCGUCAUUGAUCCGAAUGCCCGCAAGCGAUCGGCCAGCGUGGACGGUAGGGCGACGGGGCGCGCGGCGACUUCGCCAACUUCUGCAUCGUCCGCCGCUGCUUCCAUGACGCCCGCGUCGCAGCCGAUUCGCAGCUCGACGCGGCCGUACCAGUUCUCCGUCGACCACGUGUUCCACUCCCACGCCGCACAGAUUGAGGUGUACGAGGAGUCGUGUAAGCGCAUUGUCGAGGGCGUCUUCCACGGCAUUAACGGUUCUAUUUUGGCCUACGGCGCCACAGGGUCCGGCAAAACCCACACGAUGUUCGGCAGCACCAUGAGUGCCGCGGGCAUCGUCUACCAAGCGGUGCAGGACAUCUUCGCAGAGAAGGAUCGGCUGGAGGAGGAGGAGGGCAAGCGCGUCCGUGUCAAGUGCAGUUUUCUGGAGGUGUACAACGAGGAGGUGUUCGACCUGCUGGUGAAGGCGGACGGCAGCAGCUGCGACGGCGGUGGCGGCGCGGCGAGCACGACGGCGUCUGGGCCGCGCCCGAAUAAGCGUGUCGCACUCCAAAUACGCGAGACGGGCCUCAGCGACAGCGAUGCGCGCGGCGCCACGGGCAGCGGAAACGGGAAGCUGCACAUCCCAGGUCUCACCCACAUCUUUCCGGAGACGUUGGAGGACUUCACCCGGGGUGUGGAGCACGGCCACGCCCAGCGCUUCGUUGCCGCGACAGGGGCCAACGCGCAGUCGAGUCGGUCACACGCGAUUAUCACGGUGGAGGUCGAGGUGCGGGAUGUCCCUGCGGCUGCGGUUGCGGAUGACGGCGGCUGCGCCUCUCCCACCGCUUCAGGCCAGCGCGAGGAGGAUAACGUGUCCGAUGGACAAACACCGUCCAAUAACACGGCCGCACCGCGCAAGAAGCAGCCCGCGCCCACCGUGACGAUCGCGUCGAUCCAGUUCGGCGAUUUAGCGGGGUCGGAGCGGGCCGCGUCGACGAGCAACACCGGUCUGCGCCUGCGCGAGGGCGGCAACAUCAACCGCUCCCUCUUAGCCCUCGGCGCCAUGGUGCAGAGCCUUGCCCAGCAGAAGGUGAAGAGGCGCCAGACCGGCGGCAAAGGCGGCGGCAAGAUGUUUAUUCCGUGUCGUGGGUCGAAGCUGACGCGGCUGCUGCGAGACUGUGUUGGCGGCAACUGCCGCACCAUGAUGCUCUUCUGCAUUAGCCCCAGCACAAAGCAAAUCGAGGAGACGGUCAACACGAUGAAGUUCGCGAUGAACGCGCGGGAGAUUCAGGUGUUGGCGCACCGCAACGAAUUCGCCGUGAACUCCAGUCAGCUCGCCAAGACGCAGGAGACGGUGAUUGAGGAGCUGCGUGCCGAGCUGGCCCGAACGCGCGCCACGCUGGCGCUCUACACCGGCGAGGAAUCGGCGCUAAAUGAAGUGAAGGAGGCGAACAGCAGCAGCACACCCGUGACGUCGACCAAGUUGGAGAGCCCCUCCGCGUUCGGUCGACAGCCAUCGACCGUUUCGAUCGAGAGCCCCACUGUGGGGAACACGAACCACAAUAAUAAUAGCAGCGGUAGUGAAGACGGCCCAGCUCGUCUCGGUCUAGCGACGACGGCGACGACGGCACCACCGCGGCCAAACACUCCUCCCGCGGCUCCUCCCCGCGGAACGGUGACUCCGUCGGCCAGCAUGAGCGGUGGUGGACACCCCGGCACCUUAACCGCCUCUCCCUUCUCUGCCAGCGCCGUAGAGAUGUCGUUUGGCAGCAGCGGCACGCCGCGGCCCUCCCUCAGUCUCCGCACCGCACGUCCCUCCGUCUUUGCCGAAAACACGCGUCUCUUCUCGGAUCUCGAGGCGAAGCUGAAAGACUUCUCGGCGCAGAAGGAGGCGCUCUACCACGAGGUCCGCGAGGCAGAAGAGCGCGAGCGGGACGGAGACGCUGAGCUGCGUGAUUUGCAGUGGCGCCUCGCCACUUUCCUCGUCAGUGACGCUUACGGCAGCCGCGCGCGCGGAGAGACGGAUCUGAGCAGCAUCAGCUCUACCGUGGGCGUCGCCGGCCUGCGCAAGACGAUUGCGAGCAUGGAAGAGGCCCGGGCGCGGCAGGCGUCGCAGCUAACGGAGCUGACGGAUCGACUCGAGGAGGCAGAUCGGCAGUUCGCGGCGACACGCAAGUCGCUGCUGCGGGAGCGGCAGGGUACCGCGCUGGAGCUGCUGCUCGACAACGCGCGCCUGCGGCAGAGCUGCACCGAGGCGGAGUGUCUCGCCGCGCACUACCACCAGGAGUGUCGCUCCCUGCUGAACGGUGAGGCAGAGUACGCGGAGGCGCUGAGUAAAUGCGUGGGUGCCCUGCAGCGGGUCCGUCCGAUUCUGUCCCAACUCCUCCCCCGCAGCCGGCCCGGCAGCGUCGACGCCGGCAGCGUUGCGACAGCGAUGGAGGUGACGGAUGUGGCGCUGCUCUUCGCCCUGCUGCCGACCGCGUCGACGGGGCAGCGCAUGCAGACCUUCGAGUCCGCGCUGCGCUCGACGACCGUCGUGCGGCUGCCACACGGCGCUGAGCAGCUGCGAAACGAGCCGGAGGGUCCGGUCUCGCCCGCCCCCUUUGUGCAUCCGCCGUUGGCACCGAGCCCGUCGAAUCGAUCGGGCAGCGGCAGCCCCAUCCGCGGUGUCCGCUCCAGAAUCACACCGCAGUCCAAUCAACUCGCGGAGCAGUUCCGCGACCUCGUCGCGACGGCGGAGUCGCUGCACCUGACCGGUGGCGGCGACGGAGGCAACACUAAUACUAGUAGUAGUAGUGCGAAGGGCGGCGGCGGUGGUGCGCGGACGCGGCACGGUCGUGAUGCCGCCGCGCCGGCCCGUGCUCGUGCGUUUGGGCGGACGGUCAGUCUUACCGGUUUGACCGCCACAAAACCCACCGCCGCAGCAACGAGAGCGGGAGCAGCGGCAACGAAGAUAUCAACAGCAGCCGCGAACAGCGGCAAAAAAAGGAAAACUGCCGGGCGUUCCACUGGGGCUUCACGAGGAGAUGGCGGCGGCGGCGGCCGAGGGAAACCGCGCUCGGCAGCCGACGUGUCAUCUUGUGAGCGCAACGACGCCAACGGUAAUUCAACUGCUGCUGCUGCUGCUGCGGGAGCAACAGCGAUGCGCACCGCAGCGUCAUCAGGCGUAGCGGCUCCGCGACCGUUGCAGCGUUCCUUGUCUGCCCCGGUCCCGCUCAGUCGUAGCGCAUCUGCGCGUGUCACGCCGGUGCGCGGCGGUAGCGGGGGCACCGUGUCAGGACCGCUCGGAAAGCGAGGAAAGACAAUGACACAAAAGCCCGCGACUGCGAUCCCCUUCAGCGGCGCACCACACAAUAGUCCCAGCCGCGCCACGCGGGCGAACAACGCGGCUUCGCUGGAGAAGACGCCGGAGAAGGCCACCAAGACUGUCGGUGCCUCUCCGGGUCAUCGCCUUUCCCCGAAGGCGAUGUGGUCAGUAGCGGGCACCAACCCCUCCACAAACAGCCAGAGCAACAAAGGAGGAGGUAGCAGCAACAUCAACAACAACGGCGGCGCAGCCGCCUUUGCACGCUACAACACCACCAAGGUGUUUCGUACGUCAAGCAAACAUCAAAACGGUGACGAUGCUGACCGGCUUUCUCCUCUUGCUGCCGAGGCAGCGCCGCGCGCUUCGACAGCAGAAGAGGCGCCCCACAGCGCCGGUAGCGGCAGCGCACCGAGCAGCAGCCAUCGAUCAAAAGGCAAAGCACACUGGCCUGCUGCAGGGAAGCGCGCGGACGUCGCAGGCCCUGCCAGGCGUCGCAGCGGCGACCUCGCAGCGCAACUGUCUCAGCGUAGAAAAGAGCGGCGAGAACCGGCCGCGGACACGAAGCGGAGACGCGGUGCGGCACACAAGAUGUCGCGGCCGAAGCCGUCGACCGGAGACGCGACGAAGCCAUCCGUUGACCCACACGCAAUGACCAACUUCGACUCGCGAUGCAGCCGUCCGCGAAACAACACCGGCACCACCCUAUCCCCGCUUCUGUCGUCGUGCAGCAGUCUGGCCGCUGACCUCGACGGCGCUGACCGCCUUUGUGGGCUGCGCGAGCGCGAAAACGGCAGCGAUGUCAGCGUCGGCAGCGAUGCCCGCUCGCCGAUGGCGAAGGAGAAGCAGCGAGCGGCCGCCAACAGCAUGGUCACGUCGCUCGACAACACCCAGAGACCGUUGCGUGACGGACACGUGCGGCUGACGGUGGCAAGUCUGCUGGAGCGUGCGUCCACGGCGCCUGCUAUGCCGUACUACAGCACUCGCUCCCCGCUUUAUCCGCAAGACGGCGGUGUGAACCUGAACAAGGAGAACCGGCAGUACUUCGCCGUGCAAUCGCGGACGCGUACCUCGCUGCCGGAUGACCUGACAGUGAGUCGCAGCACGCUUUUCUCGGAUUCUCCUCCACACAACCGCGAUGUGGCCGCUUCAGGGAGCCGCCGCUAA